CUCCAGAAAAUGAAGGACUCUAUGGAGUUUGUUCUGGCACUCAAGAAUGCAUCUUUGGAUGAUCCACUUGCCAAGCUCAGUGAUGAUGUUCUGGAUAGACUGCGGAAUCCGCCUCAAGGGCCCAUCAUUAUCGACAGCCCUGGUGUGCGCCAGAGCAUCUCUAUGUACCUAGCACUUGAACAUGGCUCUCAAGAGGCAGCCACCAUGCGCAAUUUUGAGGGUGCUAAUGGUACUGAAGAGAUCCUCAGUUUCUACAACGUCGAGAAGCUUAUUCACCAGCACACUGGUGUUGAAUCGAUUGAUCAUGACAUGUGCCCAGAGUCAUGUUUAGCAUUCACAAGCCCAUUCGCCCAUCUGGAGAGCUGUCCAAUGUGCAGCUCA